AUGUCUGAUAAAUAUCUGACUCCUCCUGGCCGACCACAUCCCCAAAGAAAGAUCAAAGCAAACAUAAGUAAAAGAAACAGCCAAGAAGCUAUGGAAUUCAACAUACAGCAAGCUCUAAACCCUGGAAAUUUAUUAAUCUCAGAUAGAGCACUGAUGGAAAGACAUGGAAAAGUAACUGAAGAGACUAAACAAAGAGCAGCUCCUACAAAAUUAUCAAUAGGAUCAUUUCCUAUUAUAGUAAGCACAAACUCGAAAUUGCCUGAGCCUGAAUUUCCACCAAAUGAUCCUGAAGGAGAAGCAGAAACUCCAAUAAGCUAUCCAAUAAUUAUUCUAUUUAAAACAGGCCAUGCUUUUCCACUGGAAGUGCAUGCGACUGAUACAGUUGCAGAUGUGAAAAAUCAAAUUUCGAAAUGGGAACUGAUUCCUACAGCUAGACAAAGGCUUAAAUUUUCAGGGAGACGUUUACUUAAUCAUGAAACUAUGGCUGGCAUUAAUUAAAAAAAUAUGAUCCAUGAAUUGGUAGUUCGACCGACUAUUUUUUAUUGGGUAAUUUUUCUCUCAAGGGCUCAUCUACAAAGAGCUUUUCCCAAGCUCUAAAAUCGGAUCAAAAAGUAUUGGCUAUCUGAAAUAGGAUGGCUGGCAAGAUGGACAGGCAUCAAGACAUGUGGGACGAAGAGUAGACAGUGAGACUGAACGAGCCUCUGCAUGAUUCAAAGUCGGAAGAGCGGUGAAUUGUCUGAGGCAAAGAUGGAAUCAAGUCCACAGCUCAUCAGGCUCCAAUAGAGAAAAAUGCAAGUUGAUCACAUAGAAGACUUUUUUUGACGAUAACAGCCUUAAGGCCUAGCGCUGUGAGCUUUGUUUCCUCCAUUAAAUGGUCUAGGAUCUCUAAAUAAAAUUUAUUUUUAUUCGCUCGCUCGUCUGGCAUUAAUGUGAAAAAAGGUGAUAUUUUAGAGUUUUGUUUAAUAUCCAAUAACAGUCGCCAAGCUCCACAAACGCCUAGCAAUCCAAGUGGUAAUGAAUCUUUAAUUUAUCUUAAAUCAAUGGAAGGACGGACUAUUAAGCUUUAUAUUGAUCUAACCGAAUCCGUAAAAAGCUUGAAACUAAAAAUCAUGGAUGCUAAAGGAAUUGUGCCAAGAGAGCAAAGGCUGAUUUUAAAUGGCCAAGAAAUGAUAGAAAUUGAUAGAAGUCUAGAGAGUUAUGGGGUUCAUAACGAAAGCACAAUUCGUCUUUUUCAAAUGCUGAGAGGGUGCUAA